GAACACAGAAACAAGCACAUUGAUUCAUACACUUACCACAGUGUUGAAGAACUCUAGUUUGUGUAGGAUUUUAGACACAACGUGUACAAGUUGAGACCAGCUGUAGUGAAACUGCAAAAAGUGUUGUUGACUGAAACAGACUGGAUGGUCCUUAUACAAGUCAAGGAGUUUUGGGACCAGCCUUCACUUUUUCAACACAUGAACCAGCUUCCAGCUUUUCCUUCACUCUUCACUCCCUAAAACAGUCACAGGGCCAUCCGGAUCCUCAUUGGCUUAACCCUGCACCAUCUCCUGUGUUGUCAUCUCCAUUUUUUGGAUAACUCAAAUCUGCAGCAGUCAUGGAGCCCAUGUACGCUACGGGAAUGGCGGCUAAGCUGCGCAGUCAGUGGGACCGAAAUGAAGGCUUGGGCCAGAACCAUAACGCUGUCAAGUUUUUGGGGCAGGACUACGAGAUGCUGAGGGCACAAUGCCUCCAGAGCAGGACCUUGUUUGAGGAUUCCUACUUUCCUGCCUGCACCUCCUCACUGGGCUUUAAUGAGCUCGGGCCCCGUUCCUCCAAAACACAAGGUGUACGCUGGAUGAGGCCACCGGAGUUCUGCUCUCGCCCCCAGUUCAUCAUGGAUGGAGCCACUCGUACAGAUAUCUGUCAGGGAGCACUGGGUGAUUGUUGGCUGCUGGCUGCUAUCGCCUCUCUUACCCUUAAUGAUAACCUGCUGCACCGUGUGGUUCCACAUGGACAGAGCUUUAGCGAGGGCUACGCUGGGAUCUUUCACUUCCAGUUCUGGCAGUUUGGUGAGUGGGUUGAUGUGGUGAUUGAUGACAGGCUGCCGGUUAAAGACAAGAAACUGCUGUUCGUGCACUCAGCGGAAGGCGGCGAGUUCUGGAGCGCCCUAGUGGAAAAGGCCUAUGCCAAGCUGAAUGGCUGCUACGAGGCUCUGUCAGGCGGCAGUACAUCCGAAGGCUUUGAAGACUUCACGGGUGGUGUGACGGAGAUGUACGAGCUGAAUAAACCUCCUGCUGAUCUUUACAACAUCAUAAAGAGGGCUGUGGAGAGAGGAUCACUGCUGGGCUGCUCCAUAGACAUCACCAGUUCUCGUGACAUGGAGGCUGUCACCUUUAAGAAACUGGUUAAAGGCCAUGCCUACUCUGUAACAGGAGUGGAGGAGGUGGUUUUCAGGGGAACCCCCACCAAGCUGGUGCGCAUCAGAAAUCCCUGGGGAGAGGUGGAGUGGACUGGAGCUUGGAGCGAUAAUGCUAGAGAGUGGGACAGUGUGGAUGCGUCCAGCAGGAGCAAACUGCAGAACCGCAGCGAAGAUGGGGAGUUCUGGAUGUCUUUCCAGGACUUCCUGCAGGAGUUCAGCAGGUUGGAGAUCUGUAACCUGACAGCAGAUGCUUUGAAUGUUAGUCAGGUGAAGAAGUGGAGCACGUCUCUCUACCAGGGUGAAUGGAGGAGAGGCAGCACGGCUGGAGGCUGCAGGAACUUCCCAGCUACAUUUUGGCUCAACCCUCAGUUUAAGGUCAAGCUGACAAACCCGGAUGUAGCAGGACAUAGCGAUUGCACCUUCUUAGUGGCUCUGAUGCAGAAAGACCGCAGGAAACAGCGAAAAGAGGGCAAAGACAUGGAGACCAUCGGCUUUGCAAUAUACGAGGUUCCCAGUCAGUUUGUAGGUCAGUCAGGAGUUCACCUGAAGCGAGAUUUCUUCCUCACACAUGGCUCCACUGCUCGCUCAGAGCUCUUCAUCAACCUGCGUGAGGUCAGUUCACGCUUCCGCCUUCCUGCUGGAGAAUACAUCGUUGUCCCAUCUACGUUCGAGCCGCAGAAAGAAGGUGACUUCGUGUUGCGUGUCUUCUCUGAAAAACCCGCUGACUCAGAGGAAAUGGAUGACGAAAUCAAAGCUGAUCUUCCCCAAGUGAAUUAUUUGGAUGAGAGUCAAAUUGAUGCCGGAUUCAAGAGUCUCUUCAGACAGCUGGCAGGACCGGACAUGGAGAUCAGUGUUAUAGAGCUCCAGACCAUUAUGAACAGAAUCAUCAGCAAGCAUAAAGACCUGAAGACAGAUGGCUUCAGCCAGGAGGCGUGUCGCAGUAUGAUUAACCUCAUGGAUACAGAUGGCAGCGGCAAGCUGGGACUCACAGAGUUCCAUGUGCUGUGGGAGAAAAUCAAAAACUAUCUGGAAGUGUUCAGGAAGUUUGAUGUGGACAAGUCUGGUACAAUGAGCUCAUAUGAGAUGCGUAUGGCCCUUGAAUCAGCAGGCUUCAAACUGAACAAUCAUAUAUUCCAGCUGAUUAUUCUGCGCUACACAGAGAAAGACCUGACUGUCGACUUCGAUAACUUCGUCACCUGUCUAGUGCGCCUGGAGACUAUGUUCAAAACCUUUUACACGCUAGACACUGACACUGAUGGAUUCAUCUCCCUAGACUUUAACCAGUGGCUAUCUUUGACAAUGUUUGCUUAAACAGACGGACAUCUGGAUGCCUGUCUUCUUGCACUGAGACCCAUAUCUCCCUCCAUCUGGUCCAGAAGUGCCUUCUUCAUAUUUUUUUAUUAUUAUUGCUCAAGGUGAUGGUAUGCAAUCAGUAUUUUAGUCCAGACUUUCUCUUUCUCUUUUUAAAGGUGUACUGAUUUAAGGAGUGGUUAAAGGGUUUAUGUUCUAUUGUGUCAUAUAAGAAACCAGUCUCUGUUCUGUGUGUUAUUUACUCAUAAGCCAGAUCAGUAAGCCACAAUCUGAGAACACCAUACAUGUAAAGUCAUUAGUUUCUGCCUUAUAAAAAAAAAAAAGUGCCAGACAGUGUAGUGUUUACAGCCUCUCUGACCAGCCAUUUGAAAGCAAGCAUACUUUUCCUGCCAACUGAAAGGAUUCUGAAACUUACCUUGUUACCAAAUGUUUUCACUUCCUGUGCCAUAGGGAUCACUAUCUUUUCAGUCUUAUCUGUCAGUCAAUUCCAGUUCAGGCUGUUUCACUGUGUGUGAGGAAAGAUUCCGUAAUUGACAUUAUUUAAAAAGAGGAACCAAAAGAGUCAGCAUUAAUACAUCAUAAAUACAACAUAGUACAUAACAUUUAAUAUACACUUAAAAAAAAAUAAACCAAAUAAGCUAAAUUAUCAACAACUGCAUUAAUCAAUAUUUAUACUAUCAGUAAUUAAAAGUGAUUCCAACAUGACCAAGAAAACAACACCUUCAUGAGCCCAGAUAAAAAACAGGGCUGCAUCAGGAAGGGCCUCACUGAUGGUAUAAAUAUUGGAUAAUGCAAGUGUUGAUAAUACCUUAUUUGGUAUUCCUGAACAGGGAGCAGCUGAAAAAACAACAACAAUUUAUGGUCCAUUCUAACUGACAUUAUUGGUUGUUUAUGUUAACUAAUGCAUUGGGAAAAGAGAGGGUUAAUAUAGAGUGAUAGCAGGAAUUUGUCUGUCUUUUAUUGUGUGUGUAUGUGGGUGUGUGUUCGUGCAAGCUUUUGAAACACAGUCUGGUUAUUGUAACUAAUUUGUUAAAUACAAAAAUAAAUACAAAAAUGUUUAGAUGUUUAUGGAACUGUAGGCAAUGUAACCCAAAACCUGCAUGAACUGUGAUUUCCUGGGUACUAUGCGAUCUGGGAAUUUGGAUGCCAUUUGGUUCUUAUUUUUUUAGCAUGUCUGGUAGGUUUUGUUUUUGUUACUGGCCAGGAACAUUAAAAAAUAAUAAUAAUUACAAAUCAGCAAUCAAUUUCAUACCUAAAAUCUGCUAAAGAAAUCUCCACUUAGAAUGCAGGAGGAUGAAAUUGCCCGUUACUACAGUAGCUUUGGUGAGAUUUCUGCAGGGAACAGUACUUUUUGUUAUGAAAGGCAAUUUUACAGACAGUUCUAGUUCCUAUCAAUCUGAUUUGAAUAUUCAUACAAAACAAAUGGCAGGGGUGAAAUGAAAUGACUUCAUGUUUAAAUGCUGAUUCAGAGACAGAUAUGUGGAAAUAAAUAGAUGAUUUUAUAUUACAUUGCCAAAUACAUUAUUCUAUAAAAAGCCAUGAAGACAUGCUGUUAAUUCUGUUCUGUUCAUGCCUGUAUUGUGUUCUGUGCAGUGGUCAAAAGGCACUUGCUGAGUUUUAUGUAUUCAAAAAUGUAUCUGUUCAGUAAAUAUAUUUUUAAAAUACAA